CAUAUGCCACCGCCCUCUCCAGCCUAAGCCAAUAGGAGCGCUGGAAAGCGGUGUUUCGGCGAGAGGGGCGUCCAGCGCGGGCCAAUGGCAGAGCGGACACGGGCGCACAGGGGGAGGCACGUGCGGAGCUUCACGUGUUUGUGUGCGAGUGAUUGCAGAGGGAGGGAGAGCCUGAGACACACACACAGAGCAUGUCACACACCCAGAGAGACAGCACAGCACAGAGACCUGCACACACUGAGAGACCUGCACACACUGAGAGACCUGCACACUGAGAUAUCCUCACACACAAAGAGACACUCUCAUACAUAGAGAGACAUUCUGAGACACUCUCAUACAUAGAGAGACACCCUGAGAGAUUCUCACACACAGAGAGACACCCUGAGAGAUUCUCACACACAGAGAGACACCCUGAGAGAUUCUCACACACAGAGAGACACCCUGAGAGAUUCUCACACACAGAGAGACAUUCUCAUACACAGAGAGACAUUCUGAGAGAUUCUCACACACAGAGAGACAUUCUGAGAGAUUCUCAUUCAUAGAGAGACAUUCUGAGAGAUUCUCACACACAGAGAGACACCCUGAGAGAUUCUCAUACACAGAGAGACACCCUGAGAGAUUCUCAUACAUAGAGAGACACCCUGAGAGAUUCUCAUACAUAGAGAGACACCCUGAGAGAUUCUCAUACAUAGUGAGACAUUCUCAUACACAGAGAGACAUUCUGGGAGAUUCCCAUACAUAGAGAGACAUUCUCAUACACAGAGAGACAUUCUGGGAGAUUCCCAUACAAAGAGAGACACUCAACAUUCCUCUGGAUCCUCACUGGAAGCUGCACUAAAGAGAGACCAUCACUGAGACCCUAAGAACACAAAGAGACCAUCCCUGAUUUCUCCUGAAAGAUCCGCGCUGAUAACUUCAUAAACUGUGAGACUCCUGUUAAACUGAAUUAUUCCUCCAUAUGGAGACAAUAAAAACCUGUAUACUUAGAUAGACUGGCGUACUAAGAGACCACCAUAUACAGAGACCCUAAUAGUCAAUACUCAGAGAGACCUCUGUACACAGAGACCCCAAUACUCCAUACUAAGAGAGACUUCUAUACACCGAGACCCCAAUGCUGAAUACUUACAAAUACCACUAUACAGAAUGCUCAGAGAGACCUCUAUACACUGAGACCCCAAUAUUGAAUGCUCAGAGAGACCUCUAUACACUGAGACCCCAAUAUUGAAUGCUCAGAGAGACCUCUAUAUACUGAGACCCCAAUAUUGAAUGCUCAGAGAGACCUCUAUACACUGAGACCCCAAUAUUGAAUGCUCAGAGAGACCUCUAUACACUGAGACACCAAUAUUGAAUGCUCAGAGAGGCCUCUAUACACCGAGACCCCAAUAUUGAAUGCUCAGAGAGGCCUCUAUACACCGAGACCCCAAUAUUGAAUGCUCAGAAAGACCUCAAUACACCGAGACCCCAAUAGUGAAUGCUCAGAGAGACCUCUAUACACUGAGACACCAAUAGUGAAUGCUCAGAGAGACCUACACAUAGACCCCAUUACCAAACAGUCAGAAACCUCUAUACAUAGAGACCCCAAGACUCCAUACUCAGGGAGACCUUUAAUACUGAAUAUUCUUGGAGACCUCUAUACACAUAGACCCCAAUACCGAAUAGUCUGAGACUUCUAUACACAGAGACCCCAAUACUCCAUACUCAGAGACCUCUAUACACAUAGACCCCAAUACCGAAUAGUCGGAGACUUUUAUACACAGAGACCCCAAUACCGAAUAGUCAGAGACCUCUAUACACCGAUAGACCCCAAUACCGAAUAGUCAGAGACCUCUAUACACAUAGACCCCAAUACCGAAUAGUCUGAGACUUCUAUACACAUAGACCCCAAUACUCCAAACUCAGAGAGACCUCUAUACACAGAGACUCCAAUACCGAAUAGUCAGAGACCUCUAUUCACAUAGACCCAAAUACUGAAUAGUCUGAGACUUCUAUACACAGAGACCCCAAUACUCCAUACUCAGAGACCUCUAUACACAGAGACCCCAAUACUCCAUACUCAGAGAGAUCUCUAUACACAGAGACCCCAAUACUCCAUACUCAGAGAGAUCUCUAUACACAGAGACCCCAAUUCGGUAUACUCUCAGACCUCCAUAAAUAGACCCCGAAUAGCUGCAUAUAGCGACCCCCAUUACCUGCAUAGUAACAGUGAAACCUUGAUAUAAAGACACAUCCAAUAGUAACCUUCAUAUACACUGACCCUUUAAUAGCUGCCUAUUUAGAGAAACUUCCAUGUAUUAAGAGAAUAUUACUGAGGGGAUUGUACAGUCCCUCGUUAGACUUUGGAACUAAUAACCCAUACCAAGAGACAUCCAUGCAGUGAGUCUCUCACUGACAGAGAACUAACUCUAUGUACUGAGACACCUACACAGUGAGAAAUCCUAUUGAGACUUUCACUGUUUCUUCCAUAGACUGAGAGACAGUCACUUAGACCUUUAUAUAUCAAAAGAUCUCUAUACAUUGACAGACACUUUCUAAAACCUCCAUAUACUGAGAGACCAUCUUAGAUUGAGACUUCACUGAGAUCUCCAUCUCUACAAAGAUACAUCGAGAGACCCCAUACAUACACUUUUAUUGAAUCUGGGAUCUCACUACAGUAAGAGAUCUUUGCUGAUACUUCCAAUACUGAGUGAUCCCGAGAGACAUUCACUAAUACCACACUACUCAAACACCUCCCAAAAACCAAGAGUCCUCCCGACGUUGAUAUCCCUCUCUUAGAUAACUUCUUUUACUAGGAGAUCCCAACCUGUAGAAACAAUCAUUGAGGGACCUUCACUAAUAUAAACUGUCAUACACAGUGAGACUUCCAAUAUUGUGAGUCAUUUUGUGCCAGACACAAAUUCGCACAUUAGGAAGAGACAUACUGAGCAACAUCUACACUGGCAUAAGAGACAGGGCUUUCCUCAGCUAGCGAGAGGAGCAGGACAGCUAUAUUUAGUCUGACUCCAUGAGCCACCUAGCACGUUACCAUUACAUACAGUAUUUGGGGGCGUCUGCUGUAUUCAGUCACUGGGAGGAGAGAUCCAUAAUAGAGGCAUAGACACCUCCCAAAACAGUACAGACAGAACAAAGAGGCACAGGGAUUCAGACAUACUGGCGGUGAGUAGCCUGGGGGCUCCCUGUAUGAGUGAGACAAGCUAUCUGACCCCUAUAUUGCAGCAUCCUUUAUAGUCUACACAAAGAAAGGAACUGGUAUACAUGGCUGUUGCUUGUGCUGCAGGGUUUCAUUCAUCAAAGAAAAUAGAUAUAUGUAUCUAUCGUCAGCUAUAUAAAUAUAUGAGGUUUUGUCUCGGAGCAAUGUGCAUUUUUUCCGAUCACGUCAGACAAGUGACUAAAGGCAUCAUUGACAAUGAAAGCAAGGUUUUUGUAGCUGGACUCUGUUUAUGUCUGUAGCCUGGCAUGUAUCCAUUCGCCUAUGCAGAUUAUUUAACCCAUAUUUUAAUAGUGCAGUAAAAGAUUGUGUGUUUACCCGAUUUAUUACAGAAUAACCAUCUUCUUCAAGCGGCUAAUAGGUUAAUAUAUCUCGAUAGUCUAGCUUUGUGAGCGCACCAGGUUUGGGAAUAUUGCAGAAAAUGUAUUCCAGUUACUCCUCCCUUUUGCUGAUGUUGCUGGUACAGACUAAUUUCAAGCUUUAUGUCCCGCACACAAGAGAGAAAUAAAAAAUAAUGGAUACAAUGUAUUAUUGUUGUAUGAAUUGUAUGUGUGGGAAACAAAUCCAAUUUCUGUGUUUACGUGAAAUUAGAGUUUUACAGAAGUUAUAUCAGAAUUGGUUUGAAGUAGGUUAUCAUUUUUGGUAUUUUAUUGGUGAAUAAAAUGUUUUAUUGAAGAUGUUGGGAGGAGAAUAUUAUAUUUUGUGUUGGGUGUUGAAGUUCUGCAGUUGAACUAAAGAUAUUAUAGAAAGAGAUACAAGAAUCUUUUUUGUUGAGGUUGUGGCUCAAUGGAGGAGAUUGGAUGUAUUAAAGAUAUUUAAAUUUGAUAUGGCGGAGGAUACGUGAAAAGGGUUAAAGGUUUUAUUAUAGGAGGGUUGUGGUGGAAGUUUUGUUUCCUUAGAUAAGUCUGAAGAUGUUUGCUAUAGGAGAUAUAGAGACACUAAUAUGCUGCAUUUGUGUUGGGAGAUAAGUGGAAGAAGUGAUUGGAUAUGUGAAUGGGGAUCAGUGGUAAUAGUCAUGUUUUUACAGAAGUGGAUGAGAGAAUUUGAUAUAUUUUUGUGGAGUGCCUCUGUCGAGGUAAUAAUAUGGUAACAUUGUGCUAGAAGAAGAUUAGUGGCACGUGUAGAAUGAUUUGUGGCAGUGGAAGAAAUACAUAUUUCUGGUAGAAAUAAAAGAUCCUUGGAGAAGGUCAGAGGUUUUAUUGAAUAGGUCUAUAGAAAAAUAUAUCUUUGUGGAGGAAGUAGAGGAUCAAAUUAGCCAGUAAAAAGUCAAGGGAACAAUGUGAUAUCUUUGUUGUGUAGGCUGAGAAUGCAUGGAGGAGGUCACUGGAUUUGUAGUAAGGUUAAUUUUGCUACUGCUUUAAUAGGUUUACACAAUUUGAUACAUAACUGUAUAUGUAUCAUUGUUUUGUCAAAUAAAAUAAUGUUUGGCUGUUACAUGCUUCUGUCUGGAUUCAGUUCUCGCUGUGCAUUGGUCUUGGUUGAUAUCACAUAGGUAAUUUGUGGGGUGGAAAUGCAGGAAGUUGAAGGAUUCAAUGAAAAUAAUGAGUAUAUAGUAUUGGGUGUGUUGGAAGAAAAAAAAAGAGUAGUUUGUAUUUUUGUAGAAAUGAGAAGGUUUUCAAACCAUGGUGUUGUAGUUGAUUAUAUAGCACAGUUUAUCAUAAAGGAGUAUUAGGGACCAAAUGCGCAUGCAUCUAGUGGUAUGACUGCCACUAGAGGUACUGGUCAGUAAUGUAAACACUGCCUUUUCUCUGAAAAAAAGCAGUAUUUACAUUAAGCUAGAGUUGUUCUGGUAACUAUUGUGUCCCUUUAAAUAAAAGUUUAUGGUAAAUUUUGAAUUGAGACAUUCCCUGAGAAUGUAAACUGAACUGUCUGGAUUUCGUAACCAUACCCAAUCAUGGCCAAAUAAAUGCGCAACCCACUGUUGACAUCUGGUUAAUUAAUAAACCAAUGUUCUUUCUUCAUAUUGUUAUGCUGUACUGACAUUUACAAUAAGGAGUGCUACUAACGUCAAGGAAGUCUAUUGUUAAGACAAAUUGUACCUAAAAAGGCUAGUAGGACACAUCUUUUUAUGGAAAUAGAGGUUGGCCUGUUCAUAAGAGACAUUGCAUUCUGCAGUAAGUUCAGGUAUAAAGAAACAAAACACUAUUCCAUUUGCUUCAGCAAUUUUGUGGUACCAUAUAAAGUUAGUUAGAGCUUUCAGUGGACAAUGGGGCAAUAGUAUUGAUCGUAUAAUAACAGGCUUUAGGAGCUAUUGAAUAACCAAGCUGCCACUGGAGCAGAGUUGGAGUCUUUUCCAUAAUCUGCUAAUUGUGUCUAAAUUUUGCUCUUCAGUCCCCAAUUCACUGUUGUAGUGCAUACAUUUCUAGUGCCUUUUGAGCGGCAAUGAAUCCACUGCAUUUGUAUAAUUACAGAGAAGUUGGGCUAAGCAAGCUGGGGUACGCGUAGGAUUAGACAUUUAGCAUUCAGGAAUGUUUGGAAUAGGGGCUAUCUGCCUUCAAAGUGCUAUGGGCUGUAUGGCUAUUGAUUCUUAUCUAAUUUUGGUAUUUUUAAAUGGGUUGCCAAAAGAUUAAAGAAUUCUAGAAUCAGGCAUCUAGCUCGCCCUGACUUUGGCAGCACAUUUUUAAUUAGUAUUAUUUUAACCCACUUCGGUUAAUGAUUUCAAAUUUGCACCAUAUGUUUGUGACAAACAUGUGCAACUCUUGAAAUGUUAAGUAGAUUGGAAGGUAUUCGACUUAACUAGAGCAAUUAUACUGUGAUGAAUUCACUUUCAGAUCUUAAAGGUAUGAACUGUAUAUGAUAGAAUCUUGGGUACAGAGUGACCCAGUUUGAUAAUAGGGCAGCGACUCCCUCCGCACAUGUUGCUACAUUCUUGGCCAAGCUGGUUGCAACAUUUUGUCAGGUGUCCUAAGCCUGCUAACAGUCUUUCUGUAGCUAGUAACUCCCAACUAAUAAAAAGAGUGCACGCCCCUUUGAAGGCUAUCAUAGUGUAGUUUCUAAGAAACUCCACCAGGGGGCAUAUCAUGUGUCACGUCUUUGGCAUUUAAGAAUGUUAGGAUUAGGGGUUAUCUGCCUUCAGAAUGCUAUGGACUGUAACUCCCAUGUACAGUCUUAACUAAUUUUGGUAUUUUGUUUUAAUGAGGUUGCCAAAAGAUUGCAUAAUUCUGGAAUCGGGCAGCUGGCUCGCCCGGAUUUUGACAUUCAAUUUUUAAUUAGUAUUAUUAUAUUAAUACUUUUGUGUUAAUGGCUUAAAUGUGCAAACAUGUGCAACUCUGGAAAUGUUAAGUAAAUUUGAAGGUAUUCGACUCAGAGCAAUUAUACUGUAUUGAAUUCACUUUCAGAUCUUAAACGUAUGUACUGUAUAUGAUGAACCAUGCGUACAGAGUGACCCAGUUUGAUAGUAGAGCAGCGACUCCCUCUGCACAUGUCUCUGCAUUCUUGGCCCAGCGAUUGCAAAAUUUUGUCAGGUGUCAUAAGUCUGCUACCAGACUCCUGGUAACUAGUAACUCCCAACUAAUAAACUAAAAAGUGCACACCCCUUUGAAGGCUGUCAUAGUGUAGUUUGUACAGAAACUCCACCAGGGGGCAUAUCAUGUGUAAAAUAUCUUAUCCUCUUACCAUCUGAAUAAUGUGAUCUAAAUAAAAUAUGGAGUAAAAAGGGUUUUACUUAUUUAACCUUUCUUCCAGUACUGAAAUCCAGUCCCUGCAGCCACUUGAUAUAUCUUAUGCAACAUCAUAGAGGAGCAUUGGGGAAGCAAAGCACAUUUGCAGCCAGUUCUGUGCUCCUCCAAUCAAAUGGAGGUGAACCUGUGAGACCCAAGUUUUAUUCGGUUCUAACAUUAAAAGUACCUCUAGUGGCUGUCAGGGACACAGUCAAGAGAGGUGUGUUUGACCCUGCAAUGUAAGCAUGUAAGCAUCUGUUAAACGGCAAUGCUUUACAUCACAGGAUUAAAACGUAAUUCUCUAUUCCACCCAGACAAAUUCAUUGAGAUAAAGUGGUCUGGGUGCCCUUAGUGGUCCUUUAAGAUGUGGCUGGCAUGUCGCCUAGGAUUCGCAGAGCAGAGUGCAUUUAUUUGCUAAUUUUGGAAAUGUUUUCUGUGCUGUAUUUCAAUGUUUCUGUUUUUGUCUCUGUAGGCUCUUAAUUCAUUCAUGGAAGAUACAGAGUCAUCUGAUUUUCUGUCCUCUUGCGACUCCAUCUAUUCAGUGGGUAGCACAGCCGUCAGUGGCAGAGAAGAUACCAACUACGUGGAUUUUGGUGUCUUCCUUUCUGGGGGUUUGGAGGAAGCCAAUAAAGUAGAAGAGGACAUGGAUAAUGUGAGGAUGAUUCCAAAUUCUAGGCUUAGCAGCAAUGACCACCCUGUCUUAAUACGCUUGGAGAAUGAAUACCAAGCACGGAAAUCUCAUUGGUAUCAGCGAUCAGGACGGUAUUUUGGACAUAUGCAAGAGAUAGAUGGGAGGCUCUCCUUCACUAGUCAGAACACUGUCACAAGCAGGGGUUCACCACUUGGUAGCAAAAAUGAAGAAAAACAUUUGAAGCACUACAUUAGCCAAGACACAAAUCCUGAAGCCCCUCAUGGACUCAAAAGGCAAUGGAAACAAGAGGCAGAAUUGCCUAGAGAUUGGUGGAAGGAGAGAAAGGAACAGGCCUAUUCUGCAUCGGAAGGAGACAGAAUAUUUGCUCAGAAGGUAUGUUACCUGAACAACAAACUUUUCUUAAUCUCAUACUGUGUUGGCAGAAGCACAUAUUUCCUUAAUCUGCUAACAAACAUCAGUCUCCCUUAACCCUUGCCAGCCAAAAACAUGCUGCUUUCUUACAGUCUCAACACCAUUGAGACUGUAAGAAAGGUGUCUUUACAGUAAGAACAAUAAAGAUGUGGAAUUCAAAUAGGUUGUAUAUCAGAUUAUAUAGAUAUUAGUAAAAGAGACUUGGAUGCUUAUUUUGCAAACAAUAUUCUAAGAUAUAACUAAUACGCAUGUGAACAAGUUGUUGAUCCAAGGAGAGCUCUGGCUUCCAUUAUGGAGUCUAGAAGGAAUUUUUCUGGCAUACUGUAUUUGAAAAUCGCUACAAUUGGUGUAAUAUUUGUUGUCUUUUUUUUUGAGUAAUAGCAUAAAGGAAUGGGUUUUAACAGGAACCGGGAUGUUUCCUUGUGAGCUUCCUGCCCCUGUCUGGGGCCGCAGCGCUGUGCGAGCGGCUCUUGAGCCGCCUCCACCGCUGGGCUGAUCCUCAAGGUGCCCGAAGGUGAUCCUCAGGGCGACCCCAAAGCUUUAUUAGGUAAGGCAGAGCAGGCACCUGCUUUUUGAUGGCAGGUGCCUGCUCUGCCAAAAAAUGCCGGUGAAAAAUGCCUGAGGGGAGGGGGACGGAAAAGGCAGGUGGCGAGGGAGGCUGUUUUCGCAGCUUCUCACUCCUCCCUCACGCGCAGUCUGUGAUUCUGGGAGACAGAAAAUGACAAUCCUGCCCCGGCAUACUAAACAGCAGGCGGGAGGAGUGAGGAGCUGCCCCACACUGGACCCCAGGGAGGUGAGUGUUUGACUGUCAGUGUGUGUGUGUGUGUGUGUGUGUGUGUGUGUGUGUGUGUGUGUGUCUGUCUAUCAGUGAGUGUCUGUGUGUGUCUGUCAGUGAGUGAGUGAGUGUAUGUAUGUAUAUCAGUGAGUAUCUUUGUGUGUGUUUGUCAGUGAGUGAGUGUAUGUCUGUCAGUGAAUCUGUGUGUGUGUGUGUGUGUGUGUGUGUGUGUGUGUCUUAUCAGUGAGUGAGUGUAUGUAUGUCAGUAAGUGUGUGUAUGUCAAUCUGUGUGUGUGUGUGUGUGUGUGUUUGUCAGUGAGUGAGUGUAUGUCUGUCAAUGAGUGUGUGUGUCUGUCAGUGAGUAAGUUACAUGAGGGGGCGACAAAAUGGAUCUUAGUCUAGGGCGGCAGAAAUCUUUGCACCGGCCCUGGAUUUUAAAGGUUCGACUUGAUGGAAUUUUUUAUUUUUUUUUUAGCCACUGAAUGUAAGACAGCACCUGGCUCCCAUAACAACUGCAAUGAGCUGAAGUAGUUUUUUGUUUUUUUUUAGUUUGAAUAAUAAGAUUUUUGUCAAGGCCUAAUUUCUAAGAUUAUAAACUCUGGAGUGUCAAUCUCAGUGUGUUACGCAAACUGCCGCUUGCAGUUGUGUUUGAUCUUGAAGGUAUUACAUUAAUCCCCAAGGCCAGUAUAACUUAAUCAGCCUGCCAGUAGAGUUUACUGCCUAUUUGCUAAUCCCUUGUGUGAGUUUCCAGUCCAUGAGUUCCAGUUGCUUUGUGGAGUGCUGUUGGACCAAAAAUUCAAAUUAUGAAUAUAUAAAUCAAUAUCAUAGUUACAUAGCUAUAUAGGCUAAAAAAGACUUCCAAGUUCAGCCUUUCUCGUAUCAACUUUUGCUGUUGAUCCAAAAGGGGAGGGGAGGGGGGGAUGGGGAGAGAGUUUGAAGCACUUUUCAUGUUUGCAACAAACUAGGAAAGAAAUCCUUCUUGGCCCCAAAAUGGCAGUCAUAUUUCUCCUUGCAUCAAGAAGUUGUUUCAGAAAUUAUAUCCUUGAGUAUUAAAAUUUUGCAAGAAUUCAACUGGUUGCUGCUCAAACAUCUGUAAAGACUCUGAUAAAACCACCUUUUAAGGCAGAGAAUUCCACAUUCUUAUUGUUCUUACUAUGAAGAACCAUUUCCUUUGCCUUAGACUAAAUCUCCUUUAUUCCAGUCUAAAUGGGUGACCUCGUGUCCUAUUUAUAAAUAGAUUUCCAGACAUUAGUUUGCAUUGGCCUUGCAUAUAUUUGUAUAAUGCGAUUAUAUACUCACCGAGGCACCAUUUUUCUAAACUAAACAGUUUAAAAUCUGUUAACCUUUCUUUAUCUUCCAUUUCUUUUAAUAAUUUUGUAGGUCACCUCUGCACUUUUUCUAGUGCUAUAAUAACUUUCUUUAGAGCAGGUGCCAUAAUUACACUGCAUAUUAUAGGUGUGGUCUUACCAUCGAUACUGGCCUUAGCAAUUGCUUAUUAACAUUGCACAUUGUUGCUUAGUUUGUUGUGUAUAUAAAAAUUCCCAAAUCCUGUAACAAUUACCAAAUUCUUCUCAUGUGUUGUAAUCCCUAAUUCACUACCAUUAAGUGUGUAAGUUUCUUGUGCAUUCUUCACCUCAAUGUGCAUAACUUUGCAUUUAUCGAACUUAAUUUUCAUCUGCAAGUUUGAGCAUCCUAAUGUAUGUAAAUCUCUCUGCAGUGAAGUAAUAUCCCACAGGUAGAAAUGUUCCAUACAGAACAUCUAACAAAAGCGAUGUUUAUAUUUAACAUGUGCAUUACAGCUUCUAUGUAAGAAGUAGUAGUUUUGUUUCUUAGUGUCGCUUUAUAUAGCACAUUAAAGGUCAUUCUAAGCACCAUACACCUAUGGUGCAAACAUUCUUUGCACGUGGCUUCACCCCGACUCAGUUAGUGUCAAACUAUUUUCAAGUUCACUCUAGCAUUAUCUGAACUACAGCAAAAAGAAAAAAAAAUGUUGUCAAACCACUUGAAAUGGUUUGCCAUGAACCAGGAGGAUGGCACCAAAGAACAAAGCGGGCCAUUGGUUCUGCUUCCUAGAAUGCCAACUGAAUUUGUAUUUAUACAUAAAGGAAAGAUAAUCAGUUGUAUAGAAUCAGUUGGUUUCUAGUAUCUCCUUAAUUAUUAUUAUUUUAUUUCCUUGCUAAACUGUCACUUCUGUCCUUGUUGAAACUUAACAUAAUGUUUUAUUUCAUUACAGUGCCAGGAACUCCAAGGGUUCAUCAAGCCUCUGACAGAUCUUCUAAAUGGGCUGAAGAAGGGGCGUUAUGAGAGAGGUGAAUAGCUUUAUUGCUUUGGCACUUAUAUUAACUGUUGAAAGCAUUCUAAAACUCAAGUGUAUCCACAUGUUGGCUUUUCUGGCCUACAUUUAUAAAAUUAAUCUGGCGAUCAAUAGCAUUCACUGUUUGGUGAAUAAACUCACAUGCAUUUUCCAUACCUGUUUUGUGUGUUUUUUUUAGAUCUAGAGAUAUUAUAUUAUUAGUAGUCAGCACAGGGUGAGCCAGUGAACACUGCUAAAUUGUACUAUGCUUUGCCUUCAGUAGCUAUGUAGUUAAUUGCUACAGGUACUGUUGCUUACAGUGAUUUUCCAGCUAGAAAUGUAACCUGUAUAUGCAUUAUUCGAAUACAGUAAUAGCAAAAAGUAUGUAUUUGUCCAAGUGAAGCAUUUAAUAGUUCAUAGUGAAAGGAGUUACUUGUAAAUGUGCUCCAUUAUCUCCUAGAUGGGAUAUUUUGUCAAAACCUGUUUUCUGCGUGUGCAUACACAUUACUGACAGAUUAGAAGGUGUUGGUUCAGGCAGAUUAUAACAGCCUGAUACUGUGGCUGCACCUUCCCUGUAUUACAUAACAUCCAGCAGUGCUUUGUUUAAUUGUUCCCAGUUUCACAUGUAACAUCGGGAGACUGGUUUUUAUUGUACAGAGAGGCUUUUGGAUUAGCUGUGCAAAUGAUUCAACCUUAUUGGAUACACUUUAAUCAUUUAAUAUUAUGAAAAGUAUUUUAAUUUUGAUAUAUUUUUAUAAAUGAUAUUUUUGUUUUGAUCAUUUGAGGCAGGUAAAAAACAAUGUAAAAGUCUAUCCAAAAAAAAUUUAAUAAUUUUAAAAGCUUUUCCAACAAUAUUAAAUGAAGAUAAUAUUGCUGCUGUCCUAUGGUCCUCUCAUUGUCAGAUGGUACUCUCUUGCACUGCCUGCUACAGUAACCCAACUAGUUGUAUGACAUGGGGAACUGACACUUCUCUGAAUAUAACUUUUUUGUUAAAAUUUUUAAGGUGCUCCUCUAUUUUCUUUUAGAUCCAUAUGUCAGAUUUAGCAUUUGUCAUGACAAUCCAGUUCAGUAUUGGAACAGCCAGGGCACCCAUUGCAUUGUUUCUGGUUUUCUUUUUCUAUGCUGGGUCUUGCAAAGGACAGAACUUAAACAUAAUUGAUGGGGAGCCAAGAUAGAGGCAAUGCAGUAGAUACAGCAGUGUAGAUUUCUACUUUUAAAGGAACACUACAAUUACUGUACUCAUAACAGCCCUUGUAGUGAUUAUGGUACCAGGAGUGUUUUGGCGCCUCCCAGUAUACAUAGUCAAAGCUUUCAAAAACAGUUUAACGACUUAACUGGUGUCCACCAGCUGCCGUCACACCAACUCCCUGGAAGCCGGGAAGGUCAUGCAGGGAGUUUCCAUUAGCUCUACUGGUGGUGGUAGUCUUUAUGUGCAGAGAUUCUGCUUGUAACACUGCACAUACUGAUAUAUUUUCACGUGUGUGCCAGUGGCUCCUUGCCACCCCUGUCACUCGUGAUUUUGGUGGUUUGGAACUCAAGUGCUCUGGGGUGCCUAAUGUCAAUUCUGACAACAGAUAUAAUGAUUCUACCUUGCAGGCAGUGCUGCUCUCAGACAAUCCUUCCCUAAUAAUUUUACUCAAAGUGAGUGCUGAGCAUAUCCCAUAAACCCUUCAGGUGUAGUUUCAUUCAGGAAAAUACAUAAAUGAAACAACUGUGGAAGGCCUUUAUCAGUUUUCCAAUCGGCUUCAUCCAAGUUUUAUACUAGUUAAACUAAAGGAAUCUAUGCAGCUCACUGAAAACUACUAGAGAGCCUGUCAAAGAUAAUGGAGCUAUGAAUGUCAUUACAGGGACAUUACGCUCCCCCUCUCCCCCCCCCUCUAAUGAUUGGAAAUAACGUACCUGUGAUGACAUUCAGCAGGAGGCUGGGCUUAUGGCUGUUGCAGUUUUUUUAGUGCAGUAAUUAUGUAUGCAUAGAGAUUUGAAGUCAUGAUGUUUGGAGUAUACUCUAAGACGUUAGAUAGGGCUUUCCUAUAAAAAAAUGUUUUGCUUAGUUUCCUCCCAGCCCCUCCUUGCUGUACUGGCAUUUUACCUCAACCAACCUUGCACACACAGAUAUUAUUAGAGCUAUCAAUCCAGUGGCUGUUGCAGGGUUAUCUGAGGUAAGACAGUACAAAGGCAUUACUUAGAUAAAUAUUCUGUGCUGUUAGUAAAAUUUACAGGAAACUGGCUUAUACUGAAACACAGUAUGUCACAUUGUAUAUUUAGAUGUAUACAACGCAUAUAGACUAAGUAAGGAAAGAAACUGAAGUCUAUGUGCAGGAGAAGUACAAACUUGUCUAGGGCUAUUUAAUAAAUAUUUCCCUUCCCAAGAGCAUCACAAUAUUGUAAUUAUCCAUUUCCUCACUUGUGAAAUCUGUAAAUCUGUUACUGAACUUGUGUUUGUAUAGCCAGAACAUGUCGUACUGCAGUGAGUCUGCACUGUCCAACCACUUCUAAAAUAUAUUAAAAACAAAUCUCUUGAUUACAGGGUUAAGCACCUUCCAGCAGAGUGUAGCAAUGGAUCGGAUACAAAGGAUUAUUGGUGUUCUGCAAAAGCCACAAAUGGGGUAAGUCUUAGUAAAAUGAAAAGAUCAAUGUAUUUGGUCCUUAUUUUCAUUUCGAAAAAGCAGAGGAGUCAAAGGAAACAGUUGCCUAUUCUUUUCCCAGCCCAGUACCAGUAGCUCAUUUUCUCUCCCUACCCAGUACCAGUAGUAUUCUAUUCUCUCUCCUACCCAAAACCAGUACAGUAUAUUCUCUCCCUCUCCACUGCCCAGUAGCAGUAGUAGCCUAUUCUCUCCUUCUCCCCUGCCCAGUAGCCUAUUCUUUUCCCUACCCAGUACCAGUAGUAUUCUAUUCUCUCUCCUACCUAGAAACCAGUAGUAGCCUAUUCUCUCCCUCUCCACUGCCCAGUAGCAGUAGUAGCCUAUUCUUUCCUUCUCCUCUACCAAGUAGCCUAUUCUUUUCCCUACCUAGUACCAGUAGUAGCCUAUUCACUUCCCCGCCCAUCCUCCGUACCAGUAGUAGCCUAUUUUCUCCCCUUCCCCUCUACAGUACCAGUAGUAGUCUAGUCUCUCCCUCUACCCUGCCUUCCACUAGUAGAGCAAACUUUCAAUCUCCCCAUUGAUAGUAAAGAGCAAUUCUUCCCCUCCUCAACUCUUUUGAUUUUGCUUGUCUUACCUUGCUGGUGAGGUGUAUAUAUGGAUGUGUGUGUCACCUUGUAGAAUGUGUGCACUGUAGGGUUAACAGCACAGGUCAUUUGAACUUUUCCCACUUGCCACGCCAGUGCCCCUACAAGUCUGCACGGCUGCAGUGCUAUCUGGAUACACUUAAAGACACCAACAGAAGUUUCAUACCGUCACCUGAGCACAUUCACGAGCAGUGGAUCAUCACCGUAGCUCCUUACAAGACUAUGCAUUAUCAUUGCUACAUUUAUCUGUCACACUACAAAGAGUUGCAGUUUUUAAUGUUUUGACUGUUUGAAUUACAGUGAACGGUACUUGGGCACCCUGCUUCAAGUUGAAAUGAUGUUAAAGAUUUGGUUCCCCACUGUUACCAGCUCCUCAUCUGCAUCAUCAUCUUCAGAUUGUGAAAAGGAAGAACCUCACUAUAAGAUUGCUAAGGUAUGCGACAGACCAACUAGUGAUUGUCUAUGUUAAAAACUCCUGACUUAGGCAAAAAUAAUGUGGGUUUAGUUACAUUAUAUGAUCAUACAUUACAUAAAGCUGCCACAAUGUCAAUGUACGUAAUUUUUGGCAGGUCCGUCCCUAGCAACCUAGUGCCUGCUCCUAUGAUUUCCACUUACUUGGGAAAUCCUUCCUCCUGGGGCUCUCUGCAGUGUGAGAUAUAUAUGUAUAUAUUGGAAUUUUAAUUUGUAAACAAGUGCAGCCAAGUGAACUUUUUUGUGAUAUCCAUCUAUUUUUAUAUUUCUCCAAGGUUUCUUACUUAACCAUAACCAUUUUACCCAUUUUGUAGAUGUCGCAUGUGUGGUGUAAAGGUGAAUAGUUGUCUGAUUCUGCCUUUUUACAUUCUGCAGCUUCCAAAGGUUGACUGCUUGAGUGCAAGGAGAUGUCCGCUGACUGAGCUCCCUUCAUCUAACACUGAUUCUGAAGAAACCCCAAUUCAGUCCCCUGUUUUGAAACAGUCACACUCAGAUUGUCUCUGUAAAGACAGAAUGCAUGUUUUGUCAGAGUGGCCCUCCAUGAAUUUAACCUGGAUGCACACUGCUCCUAUUCCUAACCCUUCAUUGAGCCAGGCUGAUUUGCAUCAUCUCAACAUGGCUUUAGAACAGGAAAUCUGUGGACCACAUACAAACAACUGUGGGGUCAUUCUUUUUCUGCACAACAAUCUGGUCUCUUCCUCACCUUUACCCAGGCCUGCCUCUACCAUGCAAACUGAGGAGCUGCCAUCAGUCAUCCGUAAGAAUUGCAGAGAAGAAGUUAAAAGCGAAUUGCCUCUUCGGAGCCAAAGUGCUCCUCCCAUGCUACCAACCAUUGGAAGUCCCAGGCUGGGUGAGAAUGGAGGCCACUCAUGUUCCCUGUCUCAUCUUCCAAUGUGUACACAGAGACCUGCCGGGGAGAAAACCUAAAUUGUGCAUUUUGGAUCUUCCGAUAAGUAAGAUAUCUAUCUGUCCGUCUGUUCAGCUUCAUCCAUGUUGCUCAGUCUUGGAAAUGGGUAAAGGGCCCCUUUUCUUGGACAGGAGAAAACCAAAAGAGCUGGAAGUCAUGUGUUUUUCUGUUUUAUAUGAGAGCUCACAGAGCCUCAGUGCUGGAUUUCCAAGUUAUACUAAGAGUAAGAGGGCUAUACCAUGUAUAAGGGAGCGCAGAGAGGUGGUGGGGUCAGAGAAGACUGCCUAUUGAAAGGUGCAAACAGCAAUAUUAUGGUUACUUCCCACCUCCACCUAUUUUGACCCAUCAUUCUCAACAACAGGCCUCACCCCCAUAACUUCCCUAUGAUACCUGUUUCCUGUCGUCCACAGUAGCAAAAUUUGUUACAGAAAAAAAGUUGAUAGCAUGAAUGUGUUAGCCAAGGAUUCUGCACUACCGAAAUUAUCCCAUAUCAUGCUUGAGUUACUUAACUUUUUUAAAGGAAUGAGGACAAUGAACAAGUCAGAAAAUUUAAUUUUGCAUGGCAGAGCAGCAAGAUCAGCAACAGAAUGUUUUUUUUUUUUUUUUUAUGCCAUUGGACGAAUGUGCUUGCUUGCAUACUGCUAAAACACAAAAGCAAUACAUGCUGCUAUGGUGAAUGAAGCAGCUUCCCAAAAUACUCUGUGCUGGUGGUUGUGCAUUUGGUCCGACAUCGAACUACUCUCCCUUUUGAGGACAUUGUAAUGCCUCAUACCGGAACAUCACUUUUCAUAGCAAACUGGACGUGUACCAACUGGCACAGCAGCUUAAGGAGAAAAAGAAAUAUCAAAACGUUGUCUUACUACAAAGACACAAAGCAUACAAUUCAACAAAAUAUAAAAGUGUGUCACUUUUACGCAACGUGUGUUUAAAAUCUUUUUUUGUUUUUCUUUUUAUAAAUGCUGCUUUGAGACUAUAAAAUGCAUCAAUAAAAAUAAAGAAUUUGUACUGAUAAAGUGCCAUUAUUUUUGGUAUUAAAUUGUGAUUUCUACAGCAGCAGAAAAUCUUUGGUUUUAGCUUAGAAGAGAGAAAAUGGAAAACCAAGCAGAACACACCGGUGUCGGUUAACCAGCUGAAAAAUAACUUUACUGGUGUUACUUGUUAUUUUAUAAUCUUUAUACUAUUUUUCAUUGUAAAGAAACACAGAAUAUUAAAACAAUG